UCACUAUAAAUAGCUAUCAAUUGUAUUCAUAUUUCACUAGAAUAAACUCUUAGUUUGUCAAGGAUGAAAAUCAAGUCUUUUUUCUCUAUGGUCUUUCUGUGUGCACUAAUUAUAAUAUUUGUUAUGGAAAUUGAACCAUCCAAAGAUGGAAAACAAUACGAUGUAAAAGAAGAAUUCGAAACACAAGCUAGGAUAGAUGCAUGGAGACCUUGGGGCUAUGGACGAUUACCAUUCAUUCCUUAUGGACAAAAGAAAGGUGGAAAUGGCUCAGGUGGUUUGGGCUCACGAGGAAAUGGUGGUGAAGGAGUUACACAAGGUGGAGGUGAAGAAAAUGAAGGUAAAGAAAGUUGAUAAUAUUUGAGAGAUUUAGGAGAUUGUAGAGGUGGCAGUAAUAACAAAACUAGAGGUUGUGGGAGACCUCCAUGAAUACUAAGUCGGCUUUAGCCCAAUUUUUUUUUUAAAUAAAGGUCGUCUUUAGCCCAAUCAAUUGUAGUAAAAUAUCUACUUCCGUAAUAAGAAAAUUUAUUACCUCCAUAAUACCUCAAUUGCCUUCA